AGGGUUCGCAUGCGCAGUGUGGGUGAGCGAAGCGCACGCUGAGGAUCGGCAGAGGAUCGGCAGCCGGUGCGGGAGCAGCAAGCCUGGUCUCUUCUGCUUGAAGAAGGCGGCGCUGGGUUCCCGUGCGGGAAUCACACACAUACCUCAGAAUGCCGGGUCUAAGUUGUAGAUUUUAUCAACACAAAUUUCCUGAGGUGGAAGAUGUAGUGAUGGUGAAUGUAAGAUCCAUUGCUGAAAUGGGUGCUUAUGUCAGCUUGCUGGAAUACAACAACAUUGAAGGCAUGAUUCUUCUUAGUGAAUUAUCCAGAAGGCGUAUCCGUUCUAUAAACAAACUCAUCCGAAUUGGCAGGAAUGAGUGUGUGGUUGUCAUUAGGGUGGACAAAGAAAAAGGAUAUAUAGAUUUGUCAAAAAGAAGAGUUUCUCCAGAGGAAGCAAUCAAAUGUGAAGACAAAUUCACAAAAUCCAAAACUGUUUAUAGCAUUCUACGUCAUGUUGCUGAGGUGUUAGAAUACACCAAGGAUGAGCAGCUGGAAAGCCUAUUCCAGAGGACUGCCUGGGUCUUUGAUGACAAGUACAAGAGACCUGGAUAUGGUGCCUAUGAUGCAUUUAAGCAUGCAGUCUCAGACCCAUCUAUUUUGGAUAGUUUAGAUUUGAAUGAAGAUGAACGGGAAGUACUCAUUAAUAAUAUUAAUAGGCGCUUGACCCCACAGGCUGUCAAAAUUCGAGCAGAUAUUGAAGUGGCUUGUUAUGGUUAUGAAGGCAUUGAUGCUGUAAAAGAAGCCCUAAGAGCAGGUUUGAAUUGUUCUACAGAAACCAUGCCCAUUAAGAUUAAUCUAAUAGCUCCUCCUCGGUAUGUAAUGACUACGACAACCCUGGAGAGAACAGAAGGCCUUUCUGUCCUUAGUCAAGCAAUGGCUGUUAUCAAAGAAAAGAUUGAGGAAAAGAGGGGUGUGUUCAAUGUUCAAAUGGAGCCCAAAGUGGUCACAGAUACAGAUGAGACUGAACUUGCGAGGCAGAUGGAGAGGCUUGAAAGAGAAAAUGCCGAAGUGGAUGGAGAUGAUGAUGCAGAAGAAAUGGAAGCCAAAGCUGAAGAUUAACUUUGUGGGAAACAGAGUCCAAUAUAAGGAACACAGAGCAGCCCUUCCUGGCUGAAAUUCUAGACUUGAAAGUUUUCCAGUAUUGAAAACUUCAAAGCUGAAUAUUUUUUAUUUCCAAGUAUUUAAACGUUCUAACAGAUCAGAACAUGAAAUGCCCUCCUAAAUGUCAGCUGUUUUCACACAGUAGCUCUAACACUUUGAGCAUUUUUAAGGGAGUGGCCUCAUUUCACUAGAGACAAAUCUUUAAGAAUAGUUCUAAAAUUGGGCUUGUGAUUUCCAUUUCUGAUGUCUCCAUAUUGGCACCCCUUUCUAGUUCAAUGCCUCUUGAGAUUUACCAGGGGCAUCCAAAGCAAACAAUCCCAAUCUUUCUACAUAAAAUGUAUUCAAGCAAACAUCAAAUAAAUUUCUGGGAUAUUUAACUAUAGGCUUCUUCCUUCUUGUCACCAGUUAAAAGCAUUCUGAGUACUAAGACCCUAAUUCUAUUAUCUUCCAUUUUAGUGUUGAUGUGCAACUAAGAGCAGGUGAAUAAAGGAUCUCUAUAACAGAUCCUUUGAAAAGAGUUUAGAGAAAAUAAACUUAACCUUAACCACAGUGAAAGUUGGCCCUUAGCGGGGACAAAGCCUUAAAAUGCAAUGAAAGAAUUAGAUUGGUUCUGUGCCUUUUAUCUAUUUGAGAUUGAUAACAACUUGUAUGAGAGAAUUUAUCACACCACGUCCUUAUUGGUAUAAUAAGCUACUUGCCUUGAGUUUAUAAUUCAGGGUGGUAAAUAUGUUUUUAAAAUGUAAAAAGCAGCUGCAUUUUUUAUUUAGUCGGAGUAUCAUCCAGUUUUUUAUUUUUGCUCCUCAUAAAAUACCCACUAGGUGCCACUUAGAGCUCUUGUUCUUUAAAACAAAACAGGGAUCUGUUUGAACACUUACUGGUGUUUUGUUUUGUUUUGUUUUUUGUUUUUCCCACGUGUUUACUUCUGUCUUCAAGAACUAAUUUGUACAUAAGUUUCAUAGGUAACACAUUAUUUAAUCAGGUGUAGAAAAUCUUGAGUUGCUUCAAUCUGCUUGUCUUCAUAAAUUUAUUCUCUUACGAUACUUGAGGUACCAGUUGUAUUUGAUUUUAUUCAUUAUCCCUAGAUAGCUAUUAAAAUACUUAGAUUAGACGUAACCCACCAUAGUCAGUCCAAGAUUAGACUUCACUCAAUAUUAAAAGGCCUGGAAAAUAGAAGAGUGUGUUGGGCAGAUAGUUUGUAUCAUUUAUGAAGGUUUGUUCCUUUUGUUAAAUACAGCAGUCUGUACUAGCUUUCGAAAUCCAAAAGUUUAACUUAUGAAGGCUGUUUCUAAGAGCCCUGAUUGCCAGCCAGCAUUUUGCAUUAGGACUAUGUAGAGGAAAACCUUGAUGUACUUAAGAUUGACACAUAAUUUUCACUUCUGUCUGUUGAAGCAUCAAAAAAACAAGUUUAUAAAGGUGGUAACAUGAAGAAUGCAUUCAAAAUAUAACAGGUGCUCCUUUGUUGUACACAGAGGAAUUUUUUUCUUUUGAUUUUGUUUACUGAAAUUUGUUAUACUUCAAAAGCCAUAACUUGAAAAAUACUGGUGGAUUCUAUGGUAAGUGAUUUUUAUUCUUUGUGGGCCUUUUGCUUAGUUCCAUGACAAUUUUAUAAAUUGACCCUAGCUAGAGAACAGAUCAAUAUUUCACUGAUACCAUGAGAAAAAGAACAAAACUUAAAGCAUGCAUACACCUUGCUAACCUAAAAGACAGCAGGGACAAGAUACAUAUGGGACAAGUUGCACACCCAGCUCUGAAUAAGUUGAAGAAUAGGCUUGGCAAAGAAGUGAACAGUUUAUCCAAAUCUUGAAUCUCUGCCAGGUAUGGUGGCUCAUACCUGCAACCCCGGCACUUAAGGAGCCAAGGCAGGAGGAUCACUUGAGGCCAAGAGGUUUAGACUGCAGUGAGCUGUGAUCACUCCAGUGCACUCCAGCAUGGGUGACAAGGCAAGACCCUGUCUCAAAAAAAAAAAAAAAAACCAAAAAUCUUGAAUCUCCCAUCAAAGUUUGUUUAAAAUACAAUUUCGUCUAUUCCCCACUCUACCUUUCAUUGAGGUCAAAUGGCUAUCAACUCAUAGCCGAAAAUUAUCGAUAGUUUGGGUCUUGUUUGUGCAUAAGUUAAUUGAAAAUCAAUGGCCAGGAGGAAAUUGAACAUCAAAACCACUUUUUUUACUUUUUUUUUUUUUUCCCUGGUAAAUGGUGAUGUUACAUUGCCUGGGCAGGUCUUGAAAUCCCGGGCUCAAGCUAUCCUCCCACCUCUGCCUCCAUGAGGGUGUGAGCCAGCAUGCCCCGCCCAAAUCAUUUUUCAUUAUUAGUUUUAGAGCAAAACAAGACAAACCAGUUCUGAAGUGGAUAAUGUUCAAAGACGGACCCAUAGAGACAUGCUAAGCACUGCAUCAUGCUAAGCAGAACAUUCCUCAGCUGCCAUACUCCAGCUAUUCUACUUUUACACCAAGAACAAAAUAGCUAGAGAGUAUUUAAAAAUGUAGGUGCCAGUACCUUGCUGAGACUUGUUCAUUGAUUUGCCCUAAGGUAAUGGUCAUCUACUUCCCAAGCCAUAGAGAUCCUGAUAGCUCUGAUACAAAGUGAGGUACACUUGUGCCAAUUUUGAUGCAGGAAGUCAUCGAGCCAAAUGUUUAAUUCAGAUAAACACCUGUCAAUAUUCAAAAGGCAAAGCAAACUAAUUCCAGGAACAUUAGACCUUGGUGAAAUGCCAAAUGGAAAAUGGUACUUUAAAAGGUAGUCUCUUACCAUGUAAGGAAUAAAUAAAACAUUAGCUUGGGAUUUCUCAUUCAGGUCAGUGUUUUAGACACAAUUAACAAGAGACAGUUCAAACUAAGAGGGCAAAUUUUUACUUAAGCACUUUGAAGUAAUCCACUCCCCUUAAAUGUAAGUUAUGUAUUUUAUCUGUUGAUUAAGGGGAGGUCCAAGCAUUUGUACUUGGCAAGAAUGCUGGCAAUAGCUUGUGCCAGCUACUGUACAAACUUGAAAGUAAUAAAAAUGUUCUUUAAAAGUA